AGAUAACGGCUAGACAACUGGAAAAAAAUGUUAUCCGUGUUGAUGUAACUUGCAAGGACAGCUGGUGACUACAUCUCUAUUAGUUUUCUGGAUUGGGGCUUUCAUUAAAGCAACCAAGAGGGACAGCGUGCUCGAUUGGUUACCCGAUAACAACAGGUUCUUCAGCUUGGGCUGUAAGCUAAAAAGCAUGGAUAAGCACCAAGUUGCGCCUGAUGUUAUUGAUAAGGCCCCUCCUCAGGUCUUGGAGGUGGCUUAUGGUUCACACAAAGUUAACCUGGGAAAUGAACUGACACCAACUCAAGUUAAGGAUAUGCCAACUGUUACCUGGCAAGCAGAGGAAGGAGCUUUUUACACUCUUUGUAUGACAGACCCAGAUGCUCCAAGCCGAAAGGACCCAAAAAAUCGUGAGUGGCAUCAUUGGCUUGUGGUCAACAUUCCAGGCUCAAAUAUUAGUGCUGGAGAGACGCUUUCUGAGUAUGUUGGUUCUGGCCCACCAAAGGGUAGUGGCCUGCAUCGUUACUGUUUCUUGCUAUAUAAACAGCCAGGCAAAUUGACAUUUGAUGAAAAGCGCUUGACAAAUAGGUCAGGUGAGCAUCGCGGGAAAUUUUCUAUUCGAAAUUUUGCUAAAAAACAUGGCCUUGGCAACCCAAUUGCUGGAAAUUUGUACCAGGCUCAGUGGGAUGACUAUGUUCCCAAAUUGUAUGAACAGCUUAGUGGAAAAUAAAUGAAUUGUGCUGCCUAUCACUGGUGCAUAUUCUGAAUGCAAAGCACAUUGGGAAUUUGUUGUUGUAUAAAUGGCAUAUAUAUGAGCUAUAAAUAUAUGUGGUUAAUUUACUGGUCACACAUAAAUGCAAAAGUAUUCAUUGUUGUGGGACACUAUUUUUCAGCAUUAAUUAUUGUUGUAUGCAGUUUGGUAUUCAUAACUAUCAUUGACAACUCUUUAUGUAUCUUUAAUUACACUUAUUGUUAUCUUGUCCAUUACAAUAAAUUCAGUCUUGCAUUCAA